CUUGCACCACCUUGAUAGAGAGAACGCGAAAGCAUUUGAAAGAUGAGGUUAUUGGCGAGGACAGCCCACUCAGUACUGUGCACUCCGACGACUCUACAAGCAGCAGGGGGCGUCAGACCAUUCUGGGGAUGGCUGAAUGCUGUUUUCAACAAGGUGGACUAUGAGAGAAUAAAAGCUGCGGGACCAGACCGAGCGGCAGCAGAAUGGCUGCUCAGGUGUGGAGCGAAAGUCCGGUUCCAGGGCUUUGACCGCUGGCAGAUUGACUACAAUGGCCUCCCCACUGGCCCCCUUGGUCGCUACAAGAUCCAGGCCAUUGAUGGCACGGACUCUUGCAUAAUGUACCGUGGAUUUGACCAUCUGGAUGGCCUGGAACAUUUGGAGGAAGUGAGGCUGAUUAAGUGCAUGUACAUCGAGGACGCCUGCCUGGAGAGGCUGAGCAAGACGGAGAAGCUUCAGGACACCCUCCGUCGCCUGGAGAUCGUCUCCUGUGGCAACGUCACAGAUAAGGGCCUCAUCGCCCUGCACCACUUGAGGAAUCUGGAGUAUCUGUUCCUGAGUGACCUGCCGGGAGUGAGUGAGAAAGACAUCACCGUUGACCGACUACAGACCGCUCUGCCACAGCUGGACAUUGAGCUGGACCUGGACCCACCCAACCCACAAUAGACGCAGUGAUGUGUCCAUGGUGACAGUAACCAUAGAAUGAACAGCAACUGAGCAGAAAAAUUACUGGGAGAUGCAUUUUGCUCUGUCACGGCACUUUAUUUAUAGCAACAGAGAAAAGAGAAUCAAACAAAAAGAGACGUUAAUGUUGUUUUGCUAUGUUUUUUUCAGGUAUCAAACAUUGUUAUUGUUACUCCAUAGAAAAGAACCACAGAGACAUUGGUAUUACUAAGAAAGCUUUUAUGCAUGCAUGAGAUGCUAAAAAUUACAGAGACUCGUGACUCCUUGGAGUCACGCAAUUCAUUGAUUUGGCAUUUGGUGCAAGUCAAGGGGAGUCUGCGGGGCUAUAGAGCACCACUGGUUGGGGAUAUAUGUAUAUAUAUAAAACCAAACGAUAAAGCUUAAAAGCUUAAUAAAGCUACCAA